ACUAGUUGAGCAGCGAGAAUGCCUCCAAUGAUUGAUCCAAUCUCUACCCCAUCGUUUUUACCAGAUCUUAGUAGAUCUGAUUCAAACCCAAACAGAAUUAGAUUUUACCGUAGUUGCCAACUAAGAUUACAACUCUAAUCUAACUCAAAACAAACUUAGGACACGAAAUCCAACAACGAUACCUGAACUUCUGAAGUGGGGACGAGCCAAUAAAAUCAAGACAUUCUUCUUUUUCAUUGCUUAUAAAUUAUAUGCAAGGGAUGAUGACGAUAUAUUCUUGUUUUUGAUGUCAUUGACCAAUAGGAAUACAGUAUUAGUUCUAAAUAACAUGUCAAUGUGAGAUCUGCUGGUUCUUGGACAUGCACAUGAAUCCCUCCAAUUGAGGACAUGGUCAUUACAACUUUGCCCAGUUUGAUUAGGCUGGUGGCAAAAUAGAAUGUGGUGAUACUGCAGAUAUCUUGACUAAGUAAUUCUUUUGAGAUGGAUAUAAUUGGAUUUUCAGCAUGAUACAGAAACUUAUUCUUUAUUAAAAUUUUAAUUUACCCGCAUUCUUUGUUCACCAGGAAUUUUAAUAAUUAUCUCAAUUAUAAUCUAAUUUUAAUAAGAUCAUCCAUUAGUUAAAGACAUCAGUUCACUGACCAAGGAAUGCGGGUGAACAAGCACUGACCAGUGACAGUUCCACACACAAACCGCCUCAUGGAGACAUCAAUUUCCAUGCGCAGGUGCUAGACAUGUUCAUUUGGUAAAGUUUCAAAAACAUACGAAAAACGUCCAACUGGGUAAGUCAGCAAUCUCUGUGUGAAAUCUGUAAUGGUCAUAUUUCCUGUCAAGCCUGAUUCUAUUACAGGCAAUUGCUUGUACAAUUUUCCUCAACCAUAUCAUCUAUAUCUUGUCUUGCAUCAUCCUUAGCCAUUUUCUUGGUCACAUUUCUUACCAUGCAUGUGAAUCCCUUUUUCCUUUUACCAAUAAAUUAUAGGUAUUGAACUGCCCGACCUUUUCCAGAAUGCCCAUCAAGCUCGGCGACCCGGAGCUCGGCAUCGCUGUCGGACUUGUUCGAAGUUUGUUCGUUUUCUCUCUACUCUCUGCUCGCGUCCAAUGUUCAUGUGCUCUGCCCUCUUCCCGUGCCCUCUGCUCGCGCCUACGACAUCGCAUCUAAGAAAACCCUAGAUGAAAAGCAUCUAACGAAAAUAAUUUUUAAUAAAAAUUAACACGUUUGUUUUACUGCGAAUUUGUUCCAAACUUUAACGAAUAUUUUCUAAUUGGAAUAUUCGACGAAUUUCGAACUUGAUGAUAGACAUUCACCGAAUGUGGUGACUUAGCCAACAAACAUCUCUUUACAAUAUCUGUAAAAUUCCUUUGUAGAACAAAAUUGACUGUUGUAUUCUUUAUCCAAGGAUUGGAUCUCUGAAAUUUAAUAACUAAAAUGGUUUUAAGACAGUUCUUAAGGAAUAUCCCACUUAAGAAUCUUGAUAAUCUGGGUGGAGUAUUUUAAAAAUAGAAAUGAGAUCUCUGUUCAAUCCUGGGCCCCAGACUAGAACCUAUAAACCCCACAAACUUGGGUUUGUAAAAAGAUUUGAGCAGCGACGACAUCUAAUUCUCAUUCAACUGUAGAUUGUUGUGCCUAAUCUAUGGAUGUUGUCUCGUGCCUAAUCUAUGGGUGCUGUCUCCAAAUCGCUGGAAAAUUGUUCACGCCUUCAUCUUUUGGAGUUUGGGUCUAACAAGCUUCUAGAGAGGCCAACAAUUCUCUGCGACUGUAAACCCUUCUAGCCCUCAAAAUAUCCCUUUGUAUGGAAGAAAAUUUUCUUUUAUCAUACCAUCUCAUGAAGAUUACACGGUCAUUGAUCUUCACUUCAUUAUUAUGAUAACCCUUAUGAUUGAGGUUUUCUCUGCCUUGUUAGUCACAAAUAACCCUAUCUCACUAUUCACUGUCUUUCUUCUUAAUGCAUAGAUCUGAGCACAAAACCUUUGUUGCUCUGAUCAACUCCUUGAUUAUGUGAUUGAGAUGAGUCAUUUGCAUGCCCUAGCACUGUGAUUUUUCAGUCCAUAUCCUUAACACAAGGUCACCUUUAUGUCUUGUUGCAGGUUGUUUCUACCAUAUGCUUAGCUUUCAAAGUCCUUUUUCUUAUGUUUGAUUUGCACAUUGUUGUCCUAAAGAAGCACUUGUACAGAGACUUGUUGAUCAUUGAAUCUAUCCCCUUUCACUGUCUUAUUGAAGCUCGUUAGGCUUGAUUUGAAAAUAAUCUAUGUUCAUAGCCUUCAAUGUCAUUGGAUAGUGAAUUAAAUCACCGUGUUGUUCACUGUCUUUUUAAGUUGGAUCUGCUGUAUCUCAUGAUUGUUUCCCUUUUGUCCUGUAAUCAAGACAAUGGCUUUUUUUGAUGUGAAUGUUGACUGAAGUACUAGAUUGAAAUAUUGUCCUUGACAUCCUUGCUGCUAAUAUAUCUUAGCUUGAAUCAGGCCUCAAUCUUGUGCAUGAAAUCAAUGACGAUUGAUGACUAUUUGACCAUUAUACCAUGUGCACUAUAUUUCUAUUAUUGCUUAUGUUAUUGACAUUCUUUAGGGUUGUCCAGUGGUAUUAUUUCCAUGCAUGCCUCUGUAUGACUGUAGAUUUUGUGCCUCGACAAUGAAUGAAAAUAAGCUCUUACUUUCCCAAAAUUUGAUUGUACUUAGGUGCAUGAUCUUUAUGCUUUUAACAGUGUAGAGUUAGACAAACUCGAGUCAUACAAGGGCAUCAAAAUAGAGUCUUAACAAUAAUAACAUCCUCUUAACUGGCAUAAUAUUAAACUUGAAUGACUGAUGCUGCAAUAUUCAACAGGAAAUUGCCAAUCUAGCUAUUGAAACCUGGGUAGAAGACAAAUAAAGAUUAACUUAAUCAGAUUUUUUACAAACUGGUUUUAAGCUAUUCAAGAAUCAAUAUCUUUACCUCUUCCAAUACAAUUUUUCUUAAUAGUCUUCGAAAAAGAGAAUCAAUCACGCCAUCCAUAACACUGAAGCACUUUGUGCUCGAAGAUUUGGAGUAACACAACACCCAAAUCAGAACAGAAAAUCCAACUGCAUUGCCCAUUCCCAUUCCCACUUCCCACCAUAUAUAUUCCUCCACUGCUUGUUUAUCUUCUUCAUCACUAGGAGGAGCAGGAUGACUUCCCGAGCAUGAAAUCCUGAUUUGCAGGCAACAGAGGCCUAAAUUGUUGGAAAAUGAUGAGGAAUCAAAUGCCAUCAAUUGUCCUCCCUGUGGUAUCAUUUCUCAUAGAUUAUUAUGAGACACAUCAAAGUAACUCAAAGAUGUGAGUUGUUGCAGCUCAGCAGAAAAUAUUCUUGAUAAUUCUUUUUUCACAAAUCAAGUGACUGUAGUUGUACCAUGAUUCCAAUGAAUUUGGAAUCUAGCUAUUAAAAUGAUUUUUUGAAACAUUGAAAAUUAUCAUCUUUGAGAGAUUCAAUAUCUCAAGCUAUUUUACCAGAUAAAUUGGUGUUUAAUAAAUCAUGACAUUUUACAAAUCUCAAAAUGUUUGCAUACUCCAGAUCUUGCCCGUUGCUCUUAAUUAUCAUUUGAUCUGUAUAAGUCACACCUAUGGAAGCAGCAUGGUAUUCAAAAACUUUUGUGUUUUCUGUCUGAUUUGCCAUUUCACUCAAUUUCAUAAAAUAAUGAGGGAUGAUGCCUGAAAAUUUGUUGCUUGACAAAUCCAUGAUCUGAAAAAUUUGUUGCUUGACAAAUCCAUGAUCUGAAGAUUUUGCAAGUUUGAGGAUUCUGAGGGUAUCUUGCCUACAAAUUUGUUAGAUUUUAGCAUUAGGAUGCGGAGACUUUUCAAUCUUUCAAUUCAAAUAGAAAUGCUCCCAUGAAUAUUGUUAUUCCUCAGAUCCAAGAUUUCGAAAGAGCCACAACUUGCAGGGGAUGAUAGCAUGUUCCCUUUCAGCCCAUUAAAACCUAAUUUCAAUGUAUGUAGAGAAAUCAUGUUUCCAAACAUAUUUGGAAUUGUACCCUUGAGAUCAUUUUUUUCCAGCUUUAACAUAGACAACUUGGAGAAUUGGUCUAAACUUGAAGGAAUCCUACCACUAAGUUUAUUAUUUGGCAAGUCUAAAACAUGCAAACUAAUUGGCUCACAGAUGGAAUUUGGAUUGACACCACUCAAAUUGUUUCCGGCUAGAGAUAGAAAACUAAGACAUUGUCCAUGUUUGCCAAUUUCUUUUGAAAUGGGUCCGUCAAACAAAUUAUCUGAAAGAUCCAACAAUGCUACAUUUUGUAGAGGAAGGGGAAUAUUUCCUUGUAACUUAUUAUAUGUAAAUCAAUAACUGAAGUUUGCUCAAAAUUGUGCUCAAAUCCAAGCAGCUUGAAGGGUGAAUUACCUACGAACUGGUUAGAAGAGAGGAUGAGAUAAGAAAGGUGUAUAGAAUCCCAUAGCCAAUCAGGAAUAUCUCCACUUAAAGAGUUUUGAGAAAAAUCUAAUGAGCCUACAGAGUACUGAGUUGAAAUGAAAGCUAGAAAAUCCCCUUCUAUAUUACAAGAUCUCAAUUCUAAGGCUUCAAGUUGAAAAUUAGGAAUAUAAGUCGCAUCGGCAUUUAUAGUCAACAUAUCCAGAAAAGAAAGUGUGUAAGUGUCAUACAAUUGGCUGUUGCUAAGAUCAAGAUAUGCAAGUUUGGUGAGGCGACACAAAAAAUUGGGGAUUGUACCAUUCAAAGAGUUGUAACUUAGUUCAAGAUAUGUGAGCUCAGAUAGGUUAAUAAAGAUGUUGGAAUAGUGCCACUGAAUGAGUUAGCACUCAGGUAAAGAUAUCUGAGCUUAGACAACUCACCCAAAGAUGUUGGCAUGGUGCCACUCAAGGAGUUUGCUUGUAGAUAAAGAUAUGUGAGCUUUGACAAGUUUCCCAAAAAUGUUGGGAUGGUGUCAUUCAAAGAGUUAGAACUCAGGCCAAGCUCUUUGAGAUUUGACAACUUAGCUAAAGAUGUUGGGAUGUUACCAUUCAAAGAGUUCUAAUAUAGGUAUAGAUAUGUGAGUUUUGACAUCUCAUCCGAAGAUGUUGGGAUGGUGCCACUCAAAGAGUUUAUCCUCAAGUCAAGUUGUGUGAAUUGUGACAGAUUACCCAAAGAUACUAGAAUGAUUCCACUCAAAGAAUUAUAACUCAAAUCAAGAUUUGUAAGCAUUUACAGGUUACACUUUGAAAUAGUAUUGCUCAAAGAUUUAGAUCCCAAAUGAAGAUAAGUUAACCUGGACAAUUUAUCAAUCUCUCUCGGGAUCUGGCCACUAAAAUUAGAGAAGUACAAUCUCAAAUACCUCAAUUUGUUGAGCUUGUGAAAGUGUGAAGGGAUGGCAAGAGAAGGUAAGAAGGCACUCUCAGUGAAGUCCAAGCGCUCCAGAUGCCGUAGCUGGAACAGUUCCCCACGAAGUUCCCUCCACGACAUGAAUGGCCAUGACAUGCGGAGGAGCAAGGUAUCAUCAUCACCAUCUUCAUUGCCAGAUUGCUCACACUUCUCUGCGCUUCCUUCAAACAACUUUCUCUCUCUCUGACAACAAUGGAAAUUGAAAGCUCAUUUGUAAUUGUAUGAAAGCUCAUUUAAUAUUUUAGUAAAUUCAUUAUUUCUUGUAGAUUUUUAAUUAUUGUUUGUUGUUUUUGUAAUGACUAUCAUAACAUUCCCAUUUGCUAUGGAAAUCAAAAUCAUAUCAGUAUAAGAUUUGUGGGGAUGUUUGAGUCAUUUGUGCAAGUUGUCUAUUUUAUUUGGUAUAAUUUGGUGUAGUUUUAUCAUUAUUAUAGAGAUAAGAUCUAACUUCAUAUAAAUUAUUAUAUAUUUAAAUUGUGCAAGUUCGUUAGUAUCUAGUCAAAUAUUUGUGUUUUUGAAGUAUAAUUAAUUGUUGUUGUUUGGAUAUAUAUUGGUGAAGAUUGUUGGUUAUAUUUUUAUUAAAUUUUAUAGAAAGGGAAAUACAUAGAUUAUGUAGAUAAUUUAUACUUUCAUAGGUUUAUGCUCAAGGAAUUGAUAGAAAUAUGUCCAAAUUUGUCCAAAAGAGAUAUGGAGCCAUGCACAGGCAAUGGAAUGAUUAGAAAUGAAAAAGAGGUCGAAAAUCCAUUUUUGAUAUUUUUCAUUUUCAAAGGCAUUUGGAGCAGGAUAUAGGGUCAAAACUAUGGCCAAUCCCUUAAAUGGAAUAGCUAAAGGCAUUGGAUUUAAGGGACUUAAAUAAGAGCCCUCGAGGAUAUUUCUGACAAUGUAAGAAGUUUGAGAUUUCGAGCACCAAGUAGAAAGUUAUGCCCCCAUCAAGUUAAGAUCAUGAGGCUACUGCAAAAAGGAACACUAAUGAGCCACAUAUCAAAGCAAUGCAGUUUCUGUAGAACAAAACUCACCACUGUUGUCAUUUCUCAAACAUUUAAUCUCCCUAUUAGUCUAAUUUUCAACCAAGGAUUUAAACUCCUUAAAUCGACUAAAUACUUUAGCAUUAUGCCUGAGGAAAUAAACAAUGUCCAUCUACUAUAAUCAUCUAUGAAGGAUACAAAAUAUACAUAUUUUGAUAACGAAGAAACAUUUACAGGACUAAACACAUCUGCAUGGAUGUAGUCCAACACCCCAUAAGACUUAUGAGAACUUUUAUAAAAUUGCACAUGGUUUCGUUUACCAAAGAUACAAUAUUCAUGAAAGUCGAAUUCGAGAUUGUAAUCUUCAAGGCCUUCUACAAGACUCUUAGAUUUUAAGUUUAGGAGACCCUUCUCACCAAUAUUGUCGAGUCUUUGGUGCUAUAACAUUGUCUUCACUGCAAAAAACUUCAUUUCCAAAGAAUGAGGACCCCUUAGGUACCUAAAAAGAGCGACCAUCAGAAGUAGAUGCAACAAAUUUCUUCACUUCUUUAUCCGAUAGUGAGGAUGAAGAAUCUAAAGAUUUUCUCUUCUUUGACUUGUCAGAAGAACUAUUGCAUUGAACACUGCAUGAAUCUGGCUUGAACAAGGUUCCUAUCCGAACUCUUCUAGCCAAAACCAUAUCUCCUCUAUUCAUCUUACAUCCUCCACUCGAAAAGACAACUUGCACAACCACAUCAUUCAAUUUACUCAUUGAAAGGAGGUUUUGUGCCAAACCAGGGAUAUGCAACACACCAUCAAUUCCCUUCACUCUACCAUCAGGGAAUUUAAUUCAGACUCUUCCAUGACCAGCUAUUUCUAGAUAAGAAUCAUCACCGAGAUACACCUUUCCACCAUCAAAUUCUUCAUACUUCGAGAACCAAUCUCUAUGUGAUGUCAUGUGAAAAGAUGCGUUGAAGUCUAUUAACCACACAUCUUUAGAUGUCUGUGUUGCCAAAGUUGCAACCAAUGCUUCACCAAAAUAAUCAUUCUCCAUCUCAAUCCGACCAGAUGUUCUCACCAUCUUUUUCUGCAAUAGGAUAUCAAGAAAAUCACUCCUGCAAAACUCCGACUGAAACUAGAUCAGUACAAAAAAAACAACAAUCCCCACAAUUGAGAUCAAAGGUGAUCGGGCUUUGAUACCAAUUGAAAGGAAACCUGGUAGUGGAAUACAUCUUCCAGUACACUGAACUAUGAGGAGAGUGAAUGCAAAAAAUAAAUUCUAAACUCUUUAACAAUUACAGAUUCAGAUGCACAUCUAAUUAAACAUUAACAGAUAUUCAAAAUAGGAUAACACACAUAACAUAGCAUAUACGUGGGAAAACCCUUUUGGGAAAAAACCCACACUCCCAAAGCCAUCAGGCAUCCUCAAAUUAUACAACUACAUUCAUAAUUGAAUUUUAUUUUCUAAUGACUUCGUCUCAUAUAGCUUUGCAAGCUUAUUCCACAAGUAAUAUGCAAUUUUUUCCUCUACAACAUUGAACAAAACUACAUCUGCUAGAAAUAAUUGGAUUGUUUCUCUAGUCGUUGUAUCAUUUUCAGUCAAAUCUAUUGGGAUCAUGGCUGCAAGUUUUGACACUAUUCCUUUAAAAGCUAGGGCACAUCCAUCCUUCACUAACAAAUCUUGAAUUUUAAGCUUCCAAAGAGAAAAAUUAGAACCAUCGAAUGUUUUCACCUCAAAUUUGGUAACUAUAUUUCCUGUCAUUAUUUGCUUCUUGAUAGGUAUAGCUUCUACACUAAAAACCAAGCUCUGAUACCAAUUGUUGUGAAGAUAUAUAGUGUUAUGUGGCACAAUAUUAAUAAUGUCAACACUUCGAAGAAAAACUCAAUACUUUAAAUCAUUUAUGCAGGUUAAUGUGCAAAAUCAUGUUGAAGCCAUUCAAAAUCUUGUUGCAAUGGGAUUUGAAAAGGUCUCAUUGUAAUUUUGAAAAUGUAUUUUUUUUAAUAUAUGUAAUUGAAAUUCAUCACACUUCAUUAUAGUCAAUAGAUGAGAUUUAGACAAAAUUGCUUUUGGCUGGUGUCUUUAUUGUACCUCAGCUUGAAUUUUGAUUGAAUUACCACAAAAUUCUGCUCUUUUGGAAAAAAAUAUUUUCUUGGAGUGGAUAGCUUUUUCAUUUUAUUUCAUAUCAUAAUGUAGGCCAGUGUAUGUGAAAAUUAGAUUGCAAUGAUGUCGUCUUAUUUUGGAAGCUUAAAUGAUAUCAUAAAGCAUUUUUUAUGCACUUACUAGCAAUUUUGUUAUGCACCUUUUGGGACCUAGUAUUGUGCCACAUAGCAUGAUAUUAGGUGGUAUAAUAUAGUAAUCAUCAUUCUCUCUCUGGUCUCUCCCUCUCUUUCUUUGCAACCCCUACCUUCCACCCUCUCUCUCUCGCACUUGGGUUUUCUCUCCCUCUAGUCUCUUCCUCAACCCCUACCUUCCACCCUCUCUCUUUCUCCCUCCCUCUCUCUCCCUCCCUCUCUUUACCUCUCUCUCUCCCCCUCUCUUUACCUCUAUCUCUCUCCCUCUUUAUGGUUGAUGGAAAGAAAAGAAAAUAUUAGGGAGAGAGAGAGACCAACGAGGGAGAGAGAUGGAGGGAGGAAGGGAGUGGUUGAUAGAAAGGAAGGAGAGGGGGCAUUGAUGAAAAGAGGGGGAGAGACCAAAGAGAGAGCUCAAGUAAGAGAGACAUAGGGGUUUAUGGAAAGAGAGGGAUGUACUAGGAAGAGAUCCCAGAGAGAGAACCUAAGCGAGAGAGGGGGAGAGAGAGAGAGGGGGGGAGAGAGAGAGAGGGGAGAAGGUAGGGGUUGAGAAAAAGAGAGGGAGAGACUUGAGAGAGAGAUAACCCUGUCUUCCUCCCUCCCUGCCUCAACCCCUCCCUUUCUCCCUCUCUCUCACUUUGGCUCUCUCUCUAUCCACCCCUCCCUUCCUACCUCCCUCUCUCCCACAUGGGCUCUCUCUAUCUCUAUCUUUGGUCUCUUCCUCUCUUUCCAUAAACCUCUCUCUCUCAACCCAUCCCUUCCUCCCUCCCUCUCUCUCACUUGGGCCCUCUCUCUAGUCCCUUACCCAUUUCCCAUCCCUUCCUCCCUCUCACUUAUUCUCUCUAUGUCUUUCUUAGAUCUCUCUCUUUAUCUCAUAGGUCUCUCUCUCUCUUAGGUUAGGCUUGGAAUGGAGAGAGGGAAAGGGAAGAGAGAGGAUGGGGGAGGGAGACAAGGAAAGAGAGAAAGAGAGACCUGAGAGAGAAAGAGAGGGUGAGAGGGAGAGAUACUUGAGAGAAAAAGAGAAAGGGAGCGCGAGAGAGAGAGAGAGAGAGAGAGAGAGAGAGAGAGAGAGAGAGAGAGAGAGAGAGAGAGAGAUGGAAAUAAUGGAAGGGAGAGGGAAGAGAGAUGAUGGGGGAGGGAGAGAGGGAAAUAUGGAAAGAGAGGGAGAUAAUAUGAGAGAGAGAGAGGGGAGGGAAAGAAUUAGAGGGAGAAAGAGAGAGGGAAUAUAGAAGAUGAGGGAGGGAGAGAAUGGGAGAGAGAGACACUUGAGUGAGAGAGAGAGAGAGAGAGAGAGAGAGAGAGAGAGAGAGAGAGACUUGAGAGUGUUGGGAUCCAAGAACAUUGAGAGGGGGGGUGAAUCAAUGUUCUGUCGGUAAGAUAAGAUUUUAUGCUUUUAUAACAUACACAUAAAACCGGUAAAUGAAUAAACAUAUAACUUGAAGCAAAUAAACCAUCCACAUGAAUGAACACCAUAACACACAAAGUUAUACGUGGAAAACCUCAAAGAUGAAAAACCACGGUGGGAUUUGUGACCCACAAUAUCAAUUCACUGGCCAUAUGAAAGAUAUUACAUAGAGAGGGGACCUGCACAUGCAGGAAGACACACUGCUCAUCACUAAAGAGUCUCACUGACUACAAGCUUCUGCUGAAGUAAAACAAUAAAGAUGAACUCACAAAAUGCAUCUGCUAUGUCAAAAAGAGUUCCGGUUAUGGAGCUUCUUUGUACCGGUUCAUAAACCCCGAACACUUCUACCGGUAUCUCCUUCCCUCCAAGAAUGUCUUACAAACAUCUACAGAUCAUUGCAUGAUACAACAUUCGCAUACAAAUGAUCUUCGCAUUCCACAAUCUUAUUCUGUUAUAAUCCACAAUCUCAUCCACAUGUUCUCUCAUAUCAUAAUGACCUAACAAAUUGACCUAAAAAAAUUUGCUACCCUUUUUCUUCUUCUUCUUUUGUGAUUAAUAAUGGUCUAUCAAGGUAUAUUAAUUCUUCAUGAAUGUGGCCCAACACUAAUUAGAUCCAUUUCUAAAGGUUGCUAAAAUUUGAAAUAUUUUCUCAAAUAUAUAACGUCCUUGAAUGCUUUUUGCUCGUUUACAAAAUUUACAUGAUCUACUUCAAUUAACUUAACAUGAAUGCAUUUGUAAUUUUCUUCAAAAUACAUUACACACAUUUAUAUCCUAACAUUUUCAAACAAAAACAAAAAUGUAAUGACAAUGAUUAGUUUUUUCAGAUAACAUUUUAUCUAUUAAACAUGGAUUUAAAAAUAAACUAAUACAUUAUCAUUAUAAUUAAAAUGUCCUUUAAUUAAAAAAAGAAAAAUAAAAUAAAAUAAUAGUUGUUAAAUAUAAAUGAAACUGAGCUAUCAUUUGCAAAGAGUAAAAAAUAAAAUUACUUUACAAUUUUCUCCGUGCAAGCUUUCCUUCUAUUUUCCACAAUUUUCUUUCAUUUUUGUUUGGAAUACAAUUUUAUCUUGUAAAAGAGAUGAAUUCAAAUUAAAUUUGACGAAUGAAGCAAACGACGAAGAUUUGAUUACCCUAAUUUUCGUCAUUCCCACUUGCAUUUUCAUUACCCUGCAUGUACGCCCACAUUACCUACCUACUUUCCUUUCAUUUUCCACACUUUUGUUUUGUGUGGGAGAAGAGUCAUUACCUACCUACUUACCAGAUUAUUGACCCUCAAAAUCUGUUUAUUUUCGACACUUUUUCUUUAGCGUGCGAGAAAACCCACGCAUUUGACCUGAGUAAAGUUAUGUUUGUUGGUGUAAGUUGGUGCGAGAACAGUCAUUUUCUCCGACUUGGCUACAAACACUUGCUCAUAAUAAACACGGCAUUUCCUCCCCAUUAAAUGAUCGACGAAUAUUCUAUGCCAACAAGUCGUUGAAAAAGUUUGUGUUGAUUUGGUUAAAAGAAAACGUGGGUUACCUUAAAAACUUUGAACAAGUAUGGGAAUUGCUAAAAAUGCAUUCAAUUCACAACGACCCAAACUACAUACAAAACGAGUGUGGAAAAUUGAAUGGAGGAGAUUUUCCCCCCACUUUCUCCCGUAGAAUAAACGUAGAAUUUGUUUCGAGUAAUAGGAGAAAUACAAUUAUAAAUCAGCUUUAUUUUCCAUUAUUUUUACAAGAGAGAGACGGAGCAAGUUGUUUGGAGGAAUAGAGAAGUGCUGUGCAAUCUGCAAUGAUGAUGAUGUGGGUCUUGCUAUUAGUGCUGAUGAUGCCCUUCUCCUCCGCAUGUCAUGCGGAUGAGAGGAAUUCCCUCUUAGAUUUCAAACAGGGCCUCAACUUCACUUCCUCUUUUAACACACUGCAAUCAUGGAAGGGAUUUAACUGCUGCUCAUGGGAAGGAAUCACCUGCCACCCAAUCACUGCCCACGUCAUUUCCUUAGAUCUCAGUCCUCAAUCACUUAAUGCCUCCUGGGAUCGUUCUAAAUUCUGGCCCUACAUCUCAUGGAGGGAACUUCGUGGAGGACUAUUCCAACUGCGGCAUCUCCAGCGAUUCAACUUCACUGCGAAUGCCGUCGACCCUCCUCUUGCCAUCCCUUCACACUUUCACAAGCUCAACAAUUUGAGGUAUUUAAGCUUGUACGACUCUUACUUCAUUGGCCAGAUUCCAAGAGAGAUUGGUGAUAUGUCCAGCUUAACUUAUCUUGAUUUGUAUUAUAAUAUUUUGAAUGGUACAAUCCCAAUAUCUUUAGGUAAUCUGUCAGAGCUCACAUAUCUUGAUCUCAGUAUGAACUCUUUGAGUGACAUAAUUCCAACAUCUUUGAAUAAGCUAUCAAAGCUCACAUUUGUUGGUCUGAGUUCUAGCUCUUUGAAUGGUACAUUUCCAGCAUUUUUGGGCAACCUCUCCAAGCUCACACAUCUUGUCCUAACGGGAGACAAUUUGAAUGUCCUAAGGGGAAACAAUUUGAAUGGCACCAUUCCAACGUCUUUGGGUGAGCUGUCGAAGCUCGCAUAUUUUGAGCUCAGGUAUUACUCUUUGAGUGGUACAAUCCCAACCUUCUUGGGUAACCUCUCCAAACUUACACAUCUUAUCCUAAGUGAAGACUCUUUUAGUGGUACCAUCCCUACAUCUUUGGGUAAGCUGUCAAAUCUUGCAUAUCUUGAUUUGAGUGGAAACUCUUUGAAUGGUACAAUCCUAAGCUUCUUGGGCAAGCUGUCAAAGCUCAGAUAUUGUGAUCUAAGUUCAAACUCUUUGAGUGGCACCAUCCCAACAUCUUUGGGUGAGCUGUCAAAGCUCACAUAUCUUGUCUUGCGUUUUAACUCAUUGAGUGGCACCAUCCCAACAUCUUUGGGCAAGCUAUCAAAGCUUACAUAUCUUGACUUGGGUUAUAACUCUUUGAAUGGUACCAUUCCAACAUCUUUGGGCAAGUUGUCAAAGCUCACAUAUCUUGUCUUGAGCUCUAACUCUUUGAGUGGCACCAUUCCAACAUCUUUGGGUGAGCUAUCAAAGCUCACAUAUCUUGUCUUGCAUUCUAACUCUUUGAGUGGUACAAUUCCAACAUCUUUGGGCAAGCUGUCAAAGCUCAGAUAUUGUGAUCUAAGUUCAAACUCUUUGAGUGGUACCAUACCAACAUCUUUGGGUAAGUUGUCAAAGCUCACAGAUCUUGACUUGGGUUAUAACUCUUUGAGUGGCACCAUCCCAACAUCUUUGGGUAAGCUGUCAGAGCUCACAAAUCUUGCCUUGAGUUCUAACUCUUUGAGUGGCACCAUCCCAACAUCUUUGGGUAAGCUGUCAGAUCUCACAAAUCUUGCCUUGAGUUCUAACUCUUUGAGUGGCACCAUCCCAACAUCUUUGGGCAAGUUGUCAAAGCUCACAUAUCUUGACUUGGGUUAUAACCCUUUGAAUGGUACAAUUACAACAUCCUUAGGUAACCUCACCAAACUCACACAACUUGAUCUUAGCAACAACAAACUAAAAGGAGAUUACACGUUUUCUUUUUUUGAUAAAAUACCCAAUAUUCAAGGAUUAUAUCUUUCAAGGAAUAUGUUGACUAUAAAAGCCAAUGACACUUAUAUUCCCAAUUUUCAACUUCAAUACUUAUAUUUGGGAUCUUGUAAUAUACAAGGGGGUUUUCCAGCUUUCAUUUCAACCCAAUACUUGUUACACUAUCUAGAUUUUUCUCAAAACUCUCUCACUGGAAAUAUUCCUAAUUGGCUAUGGGAUUCCAUGCCCCUUUAUUAUGUCAACCUCUCUUCUAACCAAUUUGUGGGUAGUUUACCCUUGAAGCCACUUGGUUUUGAACAUAAUUAUCAUCAAAGCUCAACUAUUGAUUUGCAUAAUAAUCAGUUACAAGGAAAUAUUUUCCUCCCUCUACAAAAUGUGAAUCUUUCAGAGAAUCUAUUUGAUGGACCCAUUCCAUCAGGAAUUGGUAAAUAUGGACAAAGUCUUUCAUUUCUGUCAUUGUCGAAAAACAAUUUGAGUGGUGUCAUUCCACAUUCUAUUUGUGAGUCAAGAAAUUUGUAAAUUUUAG